UUGAGUAAUUCAAAGACUCGUUACAAGUGUGGAUUUUUAAUAACAUAGCGCCCGUUUCGGGCCCCUCCCAGAUCUCGGUUAAGCUCCGGUAAAGGGAUUUGUAAAUACAAAGGUGUGCAAAACAGACUGCAGGCCACGACCGCAGCCUCGGAAUCGGGUGACCCUUGUACCGAAUAACCGAUUACCUGGACAAUGGCAAUAACAAGAUGGCAAUCCAGCAAGCCGACAAGCUGCUCAAGAAGCACAAGGAUCUUUACUGUGCUAAAGUCCUGAAGGCGAUAGGUUUACAGCGGACGGGCAAACAGGACGAGGCCUUCACCUUGGCACAGGAAGUCACUGCUCUGGAACCCACAGAUGAUAACUCUCUGCAAGCGUUGACCAUCCUCUACAGGGAAAUGCACAGACCGGAGUUGGUGACCAAACUGUAUGAAGUUGCUGUGAAGAAAGUGCCCAGCAGUGAAGAGUAUCACUCUCAUCUCUUCAUGGCUUACGCACGGGUAGGGGAGUACAAGAAGAUGCAACAGGCUGGAAUGGCACUUUACAAGAUUGUUCCCAAGAACCCCUACUACUUCUGGUCAGUGAUGAGUUUAGUGAUGCAGGCGAUCUCUGCGCGUGACGAGAAGCUGUCGAAGACCAUGUUCCUGCCGCUGGCUGAGAGGAUGGUGGCGAAGAUGGUCAAAGAGGAGAAGAUUGAGGCAGAGGCUGAAGUUCAGCUUUAUUUCAUGAUUCUGGAGCGGCUAGGAAAAUACGUGGAGGCUCUGGAGGUGGUGAGGGGGAAGCUAGGAGAGAAGCUGACCAGCGAGCUGCAGAGCCGGGAGAACAAGUGCAUGGCUCUCUACAAGAAACUGGACCGAUGGCCUGAGUGCAAUGCGCUCUCCAGAAAACUCUUACUGACAAACCCAGAUGACUGGCAGUUCUUCCUGUCCUACUUUGAUUCCCUCUUCCAUGUGAUUGAUGAGUCCUGGUCCCCACCUGAAGAAGGCGAGCAUUCGUUGGAAGGUGAAGUGGAAUCCUCUGUAGCACAAGCUAUUAAAUUCGUUCUGGACAGGAUUUCCGCGGAGGAGACGAAAGGAUCCCGACAGCUGCGGGGACCAUACCUGGCCAGACUGGAGCUGAUCCAGAGACUCAGACAGAGGGGCAGCCCAGAGGAGAAGGAGCUGGGAGAGCCCCACGAGCUCAUGUUCCAGUACUUUGAGAAGUUCGGGGACAAACCCUGCUGCAUUUCUGAUCUCAAGAUAUUUCUGGACCUUUUGGCACCUGACCAGCAUGUACAGUUCAUUAACAGGGUGAUGGAGACGGUUCCCCUCACUGCACCUGCAGAGGACGCCAUUGCGCUGCCUGCCGACACCAAAGCCCUGCAGAGACACCUUUGUGUGGUGCAGCUGGCCCGGUCCCUGGGCCUUCACCACGCCAUGGACCGGGAGCACAAACUCAGCUUGAUUCACGAACUGAAGACGAGGUACCGACACGGGCUGGAAUUCGGUAAGCUGAGGCUUCCUUCAGGAAAGUCCAGCUUGAAAACUGAACUGCAGUACUCGGAUGUGUAUUGUCUUCUUGCUGCCCAUGUGUUAAUCGAUAUGUGGGCGGAGACCGGUGAAGAGUGGUCUCUGUGGCAAUGUCUCGGGCUGUUGGAAGAAGGUCUGAUUCAAAGCCCCUCCAACGCCCAGUUUAAGCUGCUGCUCAUUCUCAUCUUCUGCCGACUGGGGGCAUUUGAGCCUGUUGUGGACCUUUACUCUAGCCUGGACGCCAAGCACGUACAGCACGAUACCAUAGGGUACCUGCUGACGCGCUACGCAGAGUCCUUGGGUCAGUUUGCUGCUUCUUCUCAGUCCUGUAAUUUUUCACUCAGGUUUUUCCACUCCAACCAAAAAGAUACCUCAGAAUAUAUCAUUCAAGCAUAUAAGUAUGGUGCAUUUGAAAAAAUCCCUGAAUUCAUUGCCUUCCGGAACAGGCUAAACAGCUCACUGCAUUUCGCUCAAGUUCGCACAGAAAGGAUGCUGUUAGACCUUUUCCUUGAAGCAAAUAUAUUAUCCAGCUUGGAGGAGAAUAUUAAAUCCAUGGGUCUGUGUCCUGAAGAGGAUGAUAUUCCCUGGAAUGAUAUGAGGGACAAUCGGGAUUUGACUGUUCUUGCCAGCUGGGAUCCAAAGGACAGGCAGCUCUCUGAAGAGCACAGGCGCUGGUCUCUGGAGGAGGAGACGCUGUGGCUGCGGAUUCGCUCCCUGACCCUGCGCCUGAUCGCUGCCCUGGCGACUCUCAACCACACCGUCGAACCAAACAACUCUCAGAAUGGAGUGGAGUGCAAACCCAACACGCUGCGCUCGCUGCUCAAACAACUGCACUUUGCUCUGGAGUCGGGGAAGAGCUUUUCAGAGAGGAACGUGCAGUACCCGUUCCUCGGCCCUCCCUCCACACGCCUCGCCCCCGCCCUCGCCAGCGGGUGCUUCCAGUGUCAGACGAGCGCCUUCCAGUUUGUUAGUGACGUUUAUGAUCUGGACGCAAACGGCAUGGACGACACAACCGAAGUCCAAGAGAGCAUAGGGAACAGUCUGAAAUCUUUAUUAGUACAGUUAAAAGACAUAUUUAAUAAAUGCAAAGGGGAUCUGUUGGAAGUUAAGGACAGCCAGUGUAAAACCAAACCCUCCAUUUUAGAAAAUCUAGUCUUCUUUGUUGAGACCAUCUCCAUUGUCCUGUGGGUGUCGAGUUACUGUGCUAAUGUUCUUCGGCCUCUGAAGUCCAAUUUACAGAAAAAGAAGAAGAAGAAAAAGGAGACCAAUACAGCAACGCCUCCUGUGUUUACCCGUUACCAGGAAUAUGUUGCAUCGCUACAGACUUUAAUCUCCGAGGUUCUUGAUCACAUUAAAGGGCUGGAAAUUACUCUCACUGCACUGAAGCUUGAAAGCCUGUCUCUGGAGGACAGCGCACUGUCUGAGGCUGAGAGGAAGUUUACGAAGGCCGUCAGAGGGAAGGUUCAGAGCAGCUACCAGCAUUCCCUGCAGGAAGUUGGCGAGCUCCUCAAGAAGAGAUUGGACACCCUGAAAAGCCUGAAGAUCUGACUGGCUCCAGCAAGCUGACCUGAGCGAUCCUCAAUGCCAGUCUGUCUACCUGCGAAAUCCUGAACUUCCUCCUUGAACGCAUGAAGGACAUGUCAUCUUAAAAACGUUUUUAGAAUAACUACUCCAAAUAAAUUAUUGUACAUAAACUCCACAGGAAACAAACAAAAAAGCUCCUGCACUGGGCCGCUUAACUUUUUUUUUUUUCAAUACAUAUUCAUGAGCAUAUACCAACACAUUGUAUACAACCCUAUCUCCACGGACCUUCAACAUCUCUGGGGGUGGGAAGUACAGUUAGAAGCUUUUGUAUAGUCCUGUAUGUAGGGUGACUCUAGCAAAGAGCCUUCAUCCAUUGAAAGGCGUUUAAUUUAUUGACUCUUAAAGAAAAGAGUGACUCGUUACUCUGGAGCUUAGAAUGAACUUUUUUUAAUUUGUAGGAGCUAGCAGAAAAUUUAAGCUGGACCAGCAACAACGUACAAGUUUGCAUUGUUUAAAACAAAGCGAACCACGACACAACCACACACUAGCACUGCAGGGCAUGGACAUGAACGGUUACAGCACCAAAAGGGUCUUCAAAUUGGAAGGAUCAAAAUACACCAAAUCAGCUGGUGACCUUUCAUAGGCUGUCAGUUUGUUCAAACUUCCAGAAACAGAUCCAGGUUCUGUAAAGUUUUUGUUUCUAUAUUUUUCCUGGAACUUGGUUUGCAUGAACAUGAAAAUGUGCAUAGUGUAAUAACGGUGCCUGUCACAGAAUGAUAAAUAUCAUUGCCCGAACUGGGAGGAUUUUAAUAUAUAGGUGACCAGUUUUCCAACCAAGGGGCCUGAACAAGGCAACUACUGAAAUACAUGUGUGAGGCUGUGUUUAAUUAUAGUAACCCCCUUCUCUUUGUCAUAUCAACAUACUUUUUAAACACAACAGACCUGAAAGAUGUCUUUGACAAGUAGCGACAGACAAAAUAAUUAGGGGGCACAGGUAGAUAACCUCUGUUCCUCGACCAAUGAAAAUUACAGUUCACACUUUCUUAUUGACUAAAGUCAGACCGCUCCUGCAGCAGUCCUGUAGGUCACAAGGGCUACUGGGUACUGUGGGGAUUGCAAACUAGACCCUUAAGUCUACCUGGAGAUGGCAGUGGGUCCUGCAGGCUGUAUUGCCAGGAUCAUUGGUCUACACCAGUGGUUUUCAACCCAGGUCCUAAGAAACCAGAACUAAUAGCUUAAUGUGUAUUAUUUUCAGCUCUUAGACAGUUGGAGAUGUCCGCUAUAAAAGGUUAUAAAUAAAAUCACUGGUCUAGACUAAGAAGUUUUACUGUUUUAAAACAUCAGAUUCUAUUUUAAAACUGAGUUUUACCAUUUCAUUUCAGCAUAAGUGGCUUGCAGGAGGCCAGAGGCUUUAUUUAUUGUAUUGACAUGAUCCUCCUUGUUUUUACCAUGUUAUGCUCUGCAGUCCAAAAUGAAAUCUAGUUCUAGUAAUAAUGUGGUGUGUGUCUGAGAGUUUGUGUUUAAACUGUUGCACUCGUCCAUUGAUGACAUCAUGAUGAUGAUAAUAAAAAGCUCCAGAAAUAAAAUAUUUUAGUCCUGUCUUGGUAAGAUCAUUAAUUCAAUAUACAAAAAAACAUAUUCACAAAAGUUCUGAUUUCUGACCAGCAUUGUCCGAUGAAACUUGUAUUUAAAAAUGGCUGACAAUCUUUGUAACAUUGUCAUCUGCUCUAAAUAAAUUUUGUUAGAAACA